AUGAAAGUUUGCGAGUUGAAUAUAGUCCUCGUUUUGUUAGUAAUUCUUGGAGCUGAUGGUGUAAAGUUAAAAGAAAAGUUCAAGUGGCGCGAAGUAUCUUUCGCUUGGCCAUCAGAUGAAGUGAAGCAAGAAGCAUUGGAAUCUGGAAAAUACAUCGUUCAUAACAAUCUUCCUCUCGGUUUAGAACGCUGGCGGGACAAGUUGUUCAUCACUGUGCCAAGAUGGAAGUCAGGUGUGGCCGCAUCCUUGACAUAUGUUAACGUUUCAGAUGAAAUGAGUCCACAAUUACAACCUUAUCCAAGCUGGGAUGAAAACACACUUCCGACAAAACGUAAUCCAACAUCAGAUGAAGGCACGCAUUACUUUAACAAUAAUUCAACGAUAAUUUCAACAUUUCGUGUAAGAGCCGAUGAAUGUGAUCGUUUGUGGGUAAUGGACACCGGACUGGCAGAUAUUCUCGGUGACGCCGUGCAAUACGCUCCUCCUUCUCUAGUUCUUUUUGAUUUAUUUACCGAUAAGCUCAUACGGAGACACUUUUUCAACAGCACGCUGUUAAAGGAGGAUUCCUUUUUUGCAAAUGUGAUUGUUGAUACCGAGCGUGGCGAUUGUGAUAAUGCCUUUGCCUAUAUUCCGGACUUAGGCAGCUAUGCUGUUAUCGUAUACUCGUUAGCGGAAGAUCGGUCGUGGCGGAUUAAACAUAAUUUCUUCCACUUUGAUCCCCUUGCUGGCGAUUAUAAUAUCGGCGGAGUAAAUUUCCAAUGGACAGACGGAGUCUUUGGAAUGGCCGUAGGAAAAAGGCUGCCGGAUGGAACCAGACCAGUCUAUUUUCAUGCUUUUUCAAGCACCAAAGAAUUUAUGGUAUCAAAUACGGUCCUAAAAAAUGAGUCGUAUGCACAAACCCCUCAAGCGUACUAUGAUUUUAAGCUGCUAGGUGACCGUGGACCCAACUCGCAAUCAUCGGCCGAGUUUUAUGAUUCAGAAACGGGCGUUAUUUUUUAUACGCAGGUCAACAAGGACGGUGUUGGUUGCUGGAAUACACUAAUGCCAUUGAAUACUGAUACACAGGGACUGGUCGACUCAGAUAGUGAUGCUCUCGUCUUUCCAAAUGAUCUGAAGGUUGAUAAUGAAGGAACUUUGUGGGUACUAUCUGAUCGAUUGCCAAUGUUCAUAUUUACUAGCUUGGAUGCGCAACAGUAUAACUAUCGUAUUUUGGUAGGUGAAACUCAAGAAAUUAUAAAAGGUACACCAUGUGAUAAAUGAGCAAAAAGAAUAUUUUGCAUCAAUUCUCGUUUUAAACAUACCUGUAAACCAAAAGGGCAAACGAGGCAACAGUUUUUUGUAUGAGCAAAGCAUUUAUCAACUUCUACUUCCAUUGUAUUUAAUAAAGCAAAACUCGAUGUUUCAGCUUUG